UUGAAAGGAAAAGGAAAAGGAAAGGAUCUCAGCAGAGUUGAAAUAGCGUCAUGGAAAUGUUCCACCUGUAUAAAUGUUACUACUCGCCGCAAAGGGGACAACUCUAACACCCCAGUAUCCGCACGUCGUCCUGCGCCGCUCGAUAACUCCUUGACGAUAGACGAAACAACGCAUGCCAAUACAUCUGGCUCUAGUAUUCGUAUUCAGGAACCUGUACCUACCUCUAGUAACCUUACACUUAACAACACAGCCGAACUUCUUGACUCAAAGUUGAAGACUUUCAGGGAAUCUGUCUUCUCUGAUAUGAAAUCGUUCAUCAAAAGUGAAAUAAACGCAGCUAUUGAAAAAACAAAACAAGAAUUCACUGAAACGAGAGAUUUUUUGCACUCAGAAAAUAAAGAUAUAAAAGCUUCCCUAUCAGUUAUCGAAACUCACAUCAGCGAACUAGAGAAACAAAACUGCUAUUUUCUGAAAAAUAUCACGUCUUUGCAAAAUCGUUUGGUGCCUAUGGAAAAAGUUUCGCGGAGCUGCAAUGUUGAAAUACAAGCUGUCCCUGAAAAGCGUAAUGAAAACGUACUUGCAAUAGUGAAAUUUUAUUUUUUAAAACAAUUAUAA